AUUCGCCAUGCAUGUUAUUGGUUGGACCAAGAAGCAGCGUCUUCUUCCUCCUCAGCGCUGGAAACCAUGGAGAAACCAUUGCCAACUGCACCGUACCACUCCCUCGCACUCACAGAGCCCAUCGUGCUCCUCUUCAACAAGACCAUCUCCAUGGGGGUCGUCCUGAAGAAUAAGAUAUCCAUGGGGUUCCUCUUCCGGCACCCAGCGCCGUGCGCAUCGGGGGUCGUCGAUCGUGUCAGACCCGGCGACUCGGCCGACGGUAGCGAGGCGCCCGAGUUGACCAGAGAAGACGUGGAGACGGUGAUGGAGAUCAUUACGGGCAUGCCUUGCGGCGCGGACGGUGAGCAGCUCGAGGAGCUGCGUGGCGUGUUCGAGGGGGAGGAGCCGAGCUUGGAGGAAGUGGCGGAGGCGUUCUCCGUCUUCGAUGAUGACGGUGACGGGGUCAUAGAGCCCCUGGACCUGCAUCGUGUUCUCUGCAAGCUGGGCUUCCCGGAGGGGGCGGCAUUGGAGGCAUGCCGACGGAUGAUCGCGGCGUACGACGAGAACGACGACGGGAGGAUCGAUUUCAAGGAGUUCAUCAAAGUUAUGGAGUGA